CCACAUGCCACUUCCUGUUGUGGAGCGAGAUGAAUUUUGUGAGAAACCUGAGGGUGCUGCUUUUUAAAGAAGGUAUCCAUCUCUCUAGACGAUGCUACCAUCUUGACAAGGUUGCACCAAUUGGCACCAGCCCAGAUACAGAAAAUGCUGAAUACAAAGAGAAUUAUGAACGAAUGCAGCAGCUUGUGCAACAGCUCAAGACUACAGUUGGUAAAAUUACUCAAGGAGGGGGAGAAAAGGCAAGAGAAAGGCAAACUUCUCGUGGAAAACUUUUGCCCAGGGACAGGAUAAAUAAUCUUUUAGAUCCAGGGUCUCCAUUUCUUGAACUGUCUCAGUUGGCUGGUUACAACCUGUAUGGUAAAGAAGAGGUGCCUGCUGGGGGAAUUAUCACAGGCAUUGGCAGAGUAUCCGGAGUGGAAUGUAUGAUAGUGGCCAAUGAUCCAACGGUAAAAGGCGGUUCUUACUAUCCCAUUACUGUGAAGAAACACAUAAGGGCUCAAGAGAUUGCUCAACAAAACCACUUACCAUGUAUUUAUUUAGUUGACUCUGGGGGUGCCAACCUUCCUCGCCAGGAUGAAGUCUUUCCAGAUAGACACCACUUUGGUAGAAUAUUUUACAACCAGGCUAAUAUGUCUGCCCAGGGGAUAGCUCAGGUUGCCGUGGUGAUGGGGAGCUGCACUGCAGGCGGUGCAUAUGUGCCAGCAAUGGCAGAUGAAAGUAUUAUUGUUGGUAAACAAGGAACUAUAUUUCUUGGAGGACCACCUCUAGUCAGAGCAGCAACAGGGGAACAAGUGUCUGCAGAAGAUCUGGGUGGGGCAGAUCUUCACUGCAGGAAGUCUGGUGUCACAGACCACUAUGCAGUAGAUGACCUGCAUGCUCUUCACAGAGCCAGGAGAGUGAUUAAAAACCUGAAUUAUACAAAAAGGCCUCAGGUAACUAUGGAGGAACCAGAAGCUCCUGUUCACUCCGCAAAUGAGAUUUAUGGCAUUGUUGGAGAUAAUCUAAAGAAAACAUAUGAUAUUAGAGAAGUAAUAGCUAGGAUUGUUGAUGGCAGCAGGUUUGAUGAGUUCAAGGAAAUGUAUGGAGAUACUUUAGUCUGUGGCUUUGCCAGGCUCUGGGGCUAUCCUGUGGGCAUUUUAGGAAACAAUGGGGUUCUUUUCUCAGAGUCUGCCUUAAAGGGAACACAUUUCAUAGAGUUAUGCUGCCAGCGGGGAAUACCUUUGAUAUUUCUUCAAAACAUUACAGGUUUUAUGAUUGGUAAAGAGGCAGAGGCAGGAGGCAUUGCCAAAAAUGGAGCUAAAAUGGUAACAGCAGUAUCCUGUGCAAACGUGCCAAAGUUCACUGUGAUUGUAGGAGGUUCCUAUGGUGCAGGGAAUUAUGGGAUGUGUGGGAGGGCUUAUGGGCCCAGAUUUUUGUACAUGUGGCCCAAUGCUAGAAUCUCAGUGAUGGGAGGGGAGCAGGCAGCAGGUGUCCUGUCACAGAUUGCCAGGGAGCAGAGGUUAAGAGAAGGAAAAGAGUUCACUGCAGAAGAAGAACAGGCUAUAAAAGAACCAAUAUUAAAGAAGUAUGAAAAGGAAGGAAGCCCAUAUUACUCCAGUGCAAGGUUAUGGGAUGAUGGUGUGAUAGACCCAGUGGACACCAGAAACGUCCUAGGGCUUAGUAUAAGUGCUGCUCUGAAUGCCGAGCAAGUCCAAACUAAAUUUGGAGUGUUUAGAAUGUAAGGAACUGAAACAUGAUGAUAUGAUUGACACCAGGAAGCAUGGAGGGAGAAAAAGACAGCAUUUGAUAUCUUGCCAGAUAAUGAAAGCAAAAUGAGAAAGAUUGACAAGUUUUUAAUACUCCAAAGGGGAAUAAUGAGUGUUGAAGCGAGAGGGAAAAAUGGUGAGAAAUAACAGACAGCAUUUUGUACCUGUAUUUAUUGAAAUUUGGGCACAGAGAGAAAUCAAGUUUUACACAUAGUGUUUCUGAUGUGACAAAAGCAGAAUGUGGACUUUUAGAACAUGAAAUAAUGUUUUUUUUAGAUAGAUAGUACUGAUAUCUCAUUUUAAAAUCAUAGUUGUAAAAAUGAGAAUAUUCACUGCCUUUACCAGUCAUGACAAAAAAUGUAUCCAUUUCCAGUCCAAAAUGAAGCAGUAGUGAAAGUGGACUGGCAAUUUUGAUAAAAUUUGUGCAACAAUUUACAUUGUGGUUUAGAGUUUCAAGUUUUUGCCAUGCCAGCUCCACUUGGAUUUUUCAAAGUCUACCUCGAUUUAAGAUUGGAUACCAGUCUCUCUACAGUGUGUCAUUAUAAAAUGAGAUUAUCACCAAAUCAAUUUGAAAAAUGGUGGUACUAUUAAAUUGGUGCCAAGGAUCAUUUUAUAUUUCCAAGAAACUAAGAACUUUUUUUUUUCAAAUAUUUAACGCCUCUGAAACGUCUCUGGAUUACAAAUAGAAAAGUUAACUGAUAAACACAUAUCACAUUUUAGAUUCUGUGUCAGUUGGAAAAUAGUUUCAAAGUUAUGGAAGUGAAAAUUCAGAACCAUAUAGUAAUAAACCUAGUCAUUAUGGGAGAGGCCUGUCAAAUUAUAUCCUUGUAAAUAUCCAUUCAGUUACAAUGUAUGUUUUUGUAAUUAAGCUGAUGGUUAUUAAAAUAUUUAGUUUGAAUAUCAUGCAUGUAAAUUGUUACUGUAAGCUGUAAGGAAAGGGAAAUUUUCUUCAUCUGAUCAAAUGUCGAACAAUUUCAGAAACAGUAUUGUAUAGUAUUGACUUCAUGAAGCACUGUAAAAAAAAAAAUAAUAAUUAAAAGAAAUUGCACAUUUGCCUUGGGUUUGCAAUUUGUUCUAAGAAAAUUAAAUAAAAAGGUACUGAAGACA